AUAAUGUGGCCAUGCUGCAGUAAUUUUUGGUUACUGUUGCAUUUUGCAUUACUUCAGAAUGGAAAAUAUGUGGGUGGCAAUUUAUUAAUACCUCUGCUAUUUUUGCCUUUUGUUUACCUGGCUCAGCUACUAGGAACACAUAGAUACAUUAACUGUAAAAAUUGCAUGCAUUGGAUUGAGUUGGAAACGGCGCUCGUGUGCAAUCACCAGCCUUGAGAACUAACACCAAUCUGAGGUGAACAGCAGCCAAUACAACUUUUCUGAAGCAUUGUUCAGGGCUACUGUGUUUUAUAUUUGGAAGUUUCCUUUUGUAAUCCUAAGUGCUAGAAGCAUAUGCUUGCUACGCAAAAGUUUGCCUUCUCAUGGAUAUAACUCUGCAUCAGGAGCCCAAGCGGUAAAAAGUUUCGAAGCAAGCCUCAGCUGGCACGUUACCUGGGGAGCUCCAUGGACCUGAGCACUUUUGACUUCCGCACAGGGAAAAUGUUGAUGAGUAAAAUGAACAAGAACAGACAGAGGAUGCGAUAUGACUGUUCUAACCAAGCCAAAGGCAAACCUGAUUUGAAUACUGCACUCCCUGUCAGACAGACAGCUUCCAUAUUCAAACAACCUGUCACGAAGAUCACAAACCAUCCCAGCAAUAAGGUGAAGAGUGAUCCUCAGAAAGCUGUGGACCAGCCCCGGCAGCUCUUCUGGGAGAAGAAAUUAAGUGGACUGAAUGCUUUUGACAUUGCAGAAGAGCUGGUGAAAACAAUGGACCUUCCAAAAGGUUUACAAGGGGUUGGGCCUGGUUGCACUGAUGAGACCCUUCUGUCUGCUAUAGCUAGUGCUCUGCACACGAGCACUAUGCCUAUCACUGGACAGCUGUCUGCUGCAGUAGAGAAGAAUCCUGGAGUUUGGCUAAACACCUCACAGCCACUUUGCAAAGCAUUUAUGGUGACAGAUGAAGAUAUUAGGAAACAAGAGGAACUGGUGCAGCAGGUGCGAAAGAGGCUGGAGGAAGCCCUUAUGGCUGACAUGCUUGCCCAUGUAGAGGAAAUAGCAAGAGAUGGAGAAACUCCUUCAGAGAAAGAAGGAGGUGAGGAAGAAGGGGAAGAAGAGGAGGAGGAUGAGGAGCAGGACCAUGACCAGGAGAUGGAGAAUGUAUAGUCCAGGGAGUUCCAUCUAAGAAUUCCCAGUAUAAACCCUAUCAGCAGGGUCAGCACAACUAUUUACAAAGCCAAGAGUGUCUGCAGAGUAAAUUGCACCAACAAUCCAAAUGUACCUAUGAGCAUUUUUGAUGUACACUUCAGGAGAACUUGAGAAGCUGAUGGUUCAUUAUUUGCUGGGUAGUUUUGAAGAUGGAACUUGACUAAACUCUACUCCCCCUCCUUUUUCUAAAGGGGUAGGGUAAUAGGGAAUACAAAAGUGGGAGGGAAUAAAGGAAUAUAAAAUGAUGGGAGGGAAAAUACUAGGAACCAAAUUUCCUAUCUCUUUUUGUGGGUCAGUGAUAGGUGAUAGGUUUUUCAGGCUUUUCUAUCAAAGUACUUUUAACAGUGACCCAUAAAAGCAAUUUUCUCUCUAAUACAAGUGAGAGAGAUGUUGUUUCACUCCUUGGCUACUCUGCUGUAGGCUACCUGUUUGUACCAGGCUGUAGGGAGGUCAUUUUAUGUUGUGGAUUGUCAUUCCAUAUGUCAAUUCAGGUCACUGAAUUUCACUUUCCUCACAAGACCACAUUGGUCUUGAAGUGUAGUCUCAGAGAUGAACUGCCAGUGCCUCUUCCAUCUGAGGCUUGAUGUGUAGGGGAAGUUACACUUGAGGAAUUGGUCUUAUGUCAGUGGCAAUCUGUUUCUAUAGUUAGUUCCAGCACCACACCGAAUGGUUCUCAAUAUGGAAUUCUGUGUAUGUCUGAGCAUAGCCUAAUAGCAUUUUGAAGGUAAAUAUACCCACUCUGUGGUAUAUUUUGCUUUGGUUUAAGUCUGGUCAGAAGGAUCUUCUCAGCUCAGAAUGGAAGGAUGACUCACCUCUGACCGACAACGAGGAAAUUUUCCUCCUUUCUCUUCUGGUGCCAAUAACCCUGACCUCUGUUUUUGUGAGUGUGGAGGGAAGGGAAUUCAUUCCAAUAGGUGUGUCUACACUUCUGCUUUCAUGUGCAGUAAUAUUCUGACCUCUUUUAAAAAUGCAAAAGGAAAAAGGUUGAUUUUUCUAUAAUUGAUAUCAAAAAAUGAAUCUAAAGCUUUUUAUUAAGUAUUAAAUCUUUCUUAUUUGCAUGUGCAGUGAAGUGACCAGCAUUUUGUGUCCAAAAAUGAGAUGAUGUGAAACCUGCCUUAAUGUGUUUAUAAGUAUUUGGCUUCACCAUGGGUACCUUGAUUGAUUCCUCAGUCUCUUCUAGUACGUCUGUGAGCAUAUUGGGGUAGUUUGUGGCUAAAAACAGAUUUAUCUCGGAAGAAUAGGGAGAGAGGAGGAAGAUCAGAGUUUAUAGUUUGGAGAAUGUGCUGACUAGGUUGCAAAGAUUAUUUUAGUCUUUAGGGUAUCCAUUGCAUAAUUUAUGCAUGGAAGUCUCAGUUGAGAGUAUAGUAUAAAGUGGUGGAUUGCAUAUUGUGCCACUAACCAAUUGUACAAGUUGUUGGUAUCCCAAAACUUGGGGAAGAAAGUAGCUCCCAGAGCCUUUAUCGUGUAAGAAUGGUUAGCAAUAACAGCAAGGGGCCAGGGGAAUUACCUGGAAAGUAUAAUAGCCUUUGGGAGUAGUUCAGCUUAGUGAUCUGAAUAGGUGUAAGCUCCUUGAAAAACAUCCCAUGCCAAAGUGAUUGAUACCGUGUUAACCUUUUUCUUAAAGAUGUGAAAAUACAAAACCUCUUUGAUAUUGCUCAUUUGGAGUACUGCAAGAAGACUGAAUUGUACUUUGCUGCUGCUCUACCAGGUAUUGCUUUGGGGAACCCUGCCUGGUACAGCUGCCAGUGAAAACUACUUUCCCUUUUGAACAGUCUGUUACGGUUAUGAUUCUGUAAAUCUGUCCUCUUGUAAUUCAUUGUGUUGAAUUAAAUGUUUCUCACAAAGUA